AAAUAAUAUGUAUGUAAUUAUUUAACUAUUUACAAAAAAUAAUCCGAUUAAUCCCAUGUUAUGCUAACAUCAUCCCACGCUGUGACGGAGGCGAAGAAGCAGGGAAUCUGUGGGCAACCCUAGAAGCUCAUAAGAAACUAAAACCCAGGUAGCAGCCGAGAAAAAUGGUGAGCGGCAAACAACAUUCCAAAACCGGGAAACAAAACAAACAUCCAGUCGCCCCCAAAAAACCCAAAUUCAAAAAACCAAACAAAAACCAAACCAAACCAGCUCACAAAAACAAUGGAGCAGCACCACAACCAGAAGCAAUCACGCCUCCACAGCAACUGUCUUUCUUCAUUAACGAGUACCAGUCAACGAACAGAAUUCAACUCUCUUCUCUUGAGCUCGAAUCUAUUAAAGAUACUUGUAUUCUGGAACUACCUCAGGGACUAGCUCAGGAUGCCUCUACUAUAUGUGAACAUAUGAAGGCUGCCUUUGGACAAUCUUGGAGACACCAGCUUUGUGAAAAACAGAUCUUAGAAGGAAAGAUUGAACCUGGGAAUCCAGCACUCCUUGUAAUUAGUUUGUCUGCCUUGAGAUCAUUGGAACUAUACAGGGGAUUAAGACCGUUCAGUAAGGAAUGUCCUAUCGUAAAGCUUUUCUCAAAGCAUAUGAAGGUCGAAGACCAGGUGUCUACCUUGAAGAAUCGUGUUAAUAUUGCGACUGGCACACCAAGCAGGAUCAAGAAGCUAAUUGAUAUGGAGGUUUUAGGAUUGUCGCGAUUGAAAGUUAUCGUGCUUGACAUGCACACAGAUGUAAAGGGCUAUUCAUUACUUUCACUUCCUCAAAUCAGAGACGAGUUCUGGGACUUGUACAAAAGCUACUUUCACCAAAGAGUACUGGAAGGUGAUCUUCGUAUCUGCCUCUAUGGUCCAACACCAGUCAUUCCCAGGGGAAAGAAGAAAAUUAUUAAUGAUCACUGAAGACACUAAAAGUAGCUAACGUUGCAUGAUCCCCCACCCCAGGCAGGCCUAGUAGUGUUGCAAAAGUGAUAUUAUUCUUGACAGGAUCUUGUAUAGCAAGUGAAAUGUCUUUGUUACUUGUCUUCCCUUUUUAGAGGCAGACAUUCAUAUUCUUGCAAGGAGAUUUGUUUCUAGGUAUGUCUUGAAGAGGCAGACUUGGGCCCUGUCGUUACCUUGAUACUUUGACUUUGUUUGGUUCACCAGUUUUGUGGUUGAAUAGGUAACCAGAAAUUUCUUGAAACUA